CUCGCGCAUGCUCAGGAGUAGAGGAGGUAAUCUCACGCGCAUGCGCGGCUCAGCCGGCUUGUUAUUUCACAUUGGGAUCCGCGAGCAGAUUCAGCAGCGCCGGUGUCUCUAGCGAUCAGAAGAGCCAGUGGGGCCCCAGGUUCCAAAUUGCGGAACAUUGCGCAUUCUCACUCCUCCUCUGAUCCUGAUACAAAGACCUGAUUAAACACCAAAUAGGAGAGACACAGAGAUGAGAGGGGAGAGUGUAACCGGAUGUUCUUGCUAAGGACUAUAUGAAGAGUGACAUUUCCCUAUAGUGCCAAGGUGUAUGUGGGACCCUCAUCAUGAGUUUUCUGAUUGCUCCUUGCAGAUCUUACAUUCCUAAACCUUUCCAGAUCCUCCUUAUCUUGGGCACCUGGCUUUGCAGCUCAGCACUCACCUCUGUAGGAACCUGGCCUGCUGGUUUCAACUUUUUCUUUGGUACUAAAACGAGGUAUGAAGAAGUCAACCCAUUUCUCCAGAAGAACCCUCUGCUGGUCAUCGGGAAGCAGGACCUUCUGCCCAACACAUGUACCCCCCUCAAAAUAGUGACUGUGAUCAGACACGGCACCCGGUAUCCCACCAACGAGCAGAUCCAGAAGAUGAAGAAGAUGCACGACUUGAUUCUGAAGCAGAAGGGCAUCAGGUCGGAACUGGUGGAGGAACUGCAGCAGUGGGAGAUGUGGUAUGAUGACUGGAUGGAUGGACAGCUGGUGAAGAAAGGAGAGCAGGACAUGAGGAACCUGGCCUAUAGGUUGGCCUCCUUGUUCCCCUUGCUCUUCUCAGAGGACAAACUAAAGCAGAGCAAAAUGACCUUCACCACAAGCUCCAAGCACAGAUGUGUUGACAGCACAAAAUCCUUUAUCAGCGGCCUUGUGAAUGACUACUUCCGUUUCCCUCAGACUCCUGAGAGUGGAUUAAAUGAACUAACUUACAUGGAACCAGUCAUCAACGACACUUUGAUGCGUUUUUUCGAUCACUGCCCUAAGUUUCUGGUGGAGGUGGAAGACAACGACACGGCGCUGCAUGAAGUGGAUAAGUUCAAACAAAGCCCAGAGAUGAAGAAAGUGAUUCAAAAACUCUCCGCUCUUUUAGAUGUGCCGGAACAGGAGCUUUCAGCAGAUUUGAUCCAAGUGGCCUUUUUUAUCUGCUCCUUUGAACUGGCCAUUAGGAAUAUUGUCGAUUCUCCCUGGUGCAGCCUGUUUGAUGAAGAAGAUGCCAGGGUCCUAGAAUACCUUAAUGACCUAAAACAAUACUGGAAACGGGGCUACGGGUAUGAUAUUAACAGCCGGUCCAGCUGUCACCUGUUCCAGCACAUCUUCCAGCACUUAGAAACAGCAGUCACAGAAAGCAAAAGCUCCCAGCAGGUCUCCAUGCCAGUGGUCAUGCAUUUUGGCCACGCCGAGACUCUCUUGCCAUUUCUCACUCUCCUGGGUCUGUUUAAAGACGAGACUUCCCUGAAGGCAGAGAACUUCAUUAGCCAGAUCGAGCGGAAGUUCCGGAGUGGGCACAUUGUACCGUAUGCCUCUAACCUGGCCUUUGUCCUGUACCUCUGUGACAUGACUGAGACCCCGAAUGACAUGACCGAGACCCCGAGAGAGAAGUACCAGGUGCAGCUGCUGCUGAAUGAGCAGCUCCUUCAUUUCCCACAUUCUCAUUCUUCCCUCCUGUUUGAGGAGAUGAAGGAGCUUUAUGGGCACCUCCUGGACGGCUGCUCUAUCUCUAAGGAAUGUGCAAUAGUCAAAGCCAACCGCUCCUCUGAGGACGAGCUUUAAAAUAAUCAAACUGUGAGCGGGGGUGGAAAAAGAGAGGGGCAUGGCCAGUGCCUUUGUUUCUGUAUCAGGGUUGGCCAGGCUUUGGCUGCUCUAGAUGUGUCUUGAGCUACAACUCCUUGUAACCAUGAUCAUUGUAGUUGAGCAAAGUCUGGAUGUGCCACUGGCAACUGGCACUUCCCCUGAGUAACUGAACUUUUUCUAUCAAUCAAUUUAAGACAUGGAAACCAAAAAAAAGGGGUAAUUUAAAAUUAUUUAUAUUCAUUUUAAAAUGAAAUAUGCACACUAUUUCUUGUUGCUAUAAAGUGGAGUUGACACUAAAGUUCCGGUUGUUCCAAUGGGAAAGAGUAUUCAGCUUUAUAGAAUUGUAAAUUGGCGAAAACAGAACCAAGGAAAUGUUGUAAUUUGCUCUUUUUUUCAGUCCGAUCCAUAUUCUGGUAGAAAUAUGAUGUUAGAAGGCGCAUGCCCAGUGAUUGAGUGUGAGGUGCAAAUUCAAAGGAGGCUCCCCAGGUGAGUCUCCAAAAUUAGAAUAACCAAAAAAUCAAACAAAGGAUUGCACACUAUGGAUCAAAAUAAAAAAUAUUUAUUUCAUCAAAAAAAAUAUACAAAAAUCAUACCAAAAUAAAUGAGAACGCGUGGUCUACCUCAGUGGCAAAAAAUAAGAAUUUUAAAAAAAAAGGCAAUCCAUAUUCUGGGCAAAUCUAUCCCAGUACAGUUACCUAUUGCAACCAUUGUUUGAUGAGAGCAAACACCUGAUUGGCUGCUGUGGAUUACUGCACCUGGCUAAAUUUGCUUAGUGUUAGUGCUUAGUGUUAGUGCUUGGUGUCACAUUAUAGACCUGUUCUGACUCAAUAGUGUGAAAUAGCAAAUUCGGAGCCCAUCCCUUUCCAUUGUUUGCAGUGAGGUUACACAUACAUUACACUGAUAUCCCACAGUCUGUUUCACAGCUGUGACAUCAUACCCAAAUCUUUUCCCUCUCUAGAAUUGAAUCAGUGUAAAUACAGAUAAAUUGCCGAAUAGUCUAAUGGAAUGUUGUGUAGGACACCUAUGCUAUGGCUAGUGUACUGACAAUCUAGUGGUGGUAAAAUUAGGAUAAAACUGGCUGUGCAUGAUCCAGUAGACCAGGGGUCCCCAAACUUUUUUUUCCU